GGGGCCCAUGUUUACCUGCCCAGGUAUGCUGCGGGCGCGGCUGCUGGGGAUCGCGCCACACACCUGUGUCCAGGUGACGGAGGGGAAAGGACGGUUCCUUGGACACCUAAGAGCCGAAUCCGGUGGGACUGAGGGGUGGACCCCCCCGUUUUCAGUAUCUCCCCCCACACACACUUGAGAUGCCUGGGGGGGGCAACGUCUGAAUAGCCGGCAAAAGAUCGGGUGAAGUGUGAAUUGUGGAUUCUGUCAACACCAUGAGCUCCUCAGGCAGUGAGGUCUCCAAGCCCAGCGCCAGGGAGAUCUACGAGCAGAGGAAGAAAUAUUCCAACUUCAUCAUGGCCGACGUCUCCCAAUACACCGUCAACCACCUGGUGACGUUCCCGGUGGGGGAGGCGGCGGAGCUGCGCUCGGUGGAGGACGCCGUGCGCAAAGUGGCCGCCAUGGAGAGCCAGGGCCAGGUCUGGGCCCAGGAGAUGCUGCUGCAGGUCACUGGGUCGGCCAUCAGACUGCUCGACGUCCACUCCAAGGAGGAGCUGGAGAGCUACGGGCUGGCGGGGGUGCUGCGCUGCGAGGCCGUGCUGCCCGGCGCCCGCGCCCACUCCCUGCUGCUUCUCGUGUGCCAGGAGCCCCAGCAGACCCAGCCCGACGCCCACUUCUUCCAGUGCGCCCACAUCGGGGCGGAGCCGAUCCGGGAGGAUAUUAACAGUGCCCUGCUGGACUUCAAAUCGGGAAGCAACGCUCAGCGGAAAGAAGCGCUCAGAGCAAACCAGGAGAUGAUGCAGAAGGGGGUACCACCAACCCCGGGGGGGACAGGCCCCCGGCCCCCACCCCCUCACAGGAAGGUGGUGAUCACCCCCUCAGCCACUCUGAAUGAGAUGGAGACGCAGAGUCAGGGAGGCGCAGCUGACCCCUUGGACACAGGCGUGCUGCGGACUGAGGGUGAUGUGGCAAGACUCCAGUCAAACAUCUCAAAUCCCACUUCGGAGGAGCUGAUUCACUUCCUGUUUGGCCCCCUGAAAAUGGUGGUGGAGUCGUCGGGGGGCCCAGAGUUCGCCAGCGAGAUCCGCUCCCCCAUGCUGACCCUGGAGGCCGUCACCCUGCUGCGGGGCUGCCUGGGGGCCCAGGAGGCCAAGCUGUGGGGCUCGCUGGGCGACAACUGGACCCGGCCCCGGGUGGAGUUCCCCGGGGACUAUGCCACCCCUUAUACCCUGACCUUCCAAAGCGGUUGGGUCCCGCCCCGCCUGGGCCCCGAUGGGCAGCCCUGGGAGGAUCCGGUGGAGACCCAGCACCGGCAUGAAGUGCGCCGGGCGCAGCAAUCGGCUCCUCCAAUCGAAGCCAAUGGCCACAGACAGACAGAAGACGGCAGGCUUGUGAGCUGCAAGUAUGACUUUGUAGCCAGGAACAGCAAUGAACUGUCUGUCCUGCAGGGGGAGCUUCUGGAGGUGCUGGACGACACCAAGAAGUGGUGGAAGGUUCAGAACCGCUCCGGCCAGCAGGGCUACGUCCCCUUCAACAUCCUCAGCCCCCUGCCGGCCACCCAGAACCGAGGCCCGGGCGACCUGCUCAACGGCACCGGCAGCGCCGGCUCCAGCCCCCGCCAGACCAGAGCCCCGGGCCCCCCAGGCCUGCCGGCUCUGAAGAAAAAGGUCCCAGCCCCGAAUGGGACCCAGUGGAACGGCUCCGAGGGGCUUGGCCUAGACCCCAAUGAGAGAGAGCGGCUGAACGAGGAGCUGCUGCAGCGCCUGGCGGCCGGCCGGGGCACCCCCGCCAAGCCCUUCCUGGUGCACCGGACGCCGGACACGGCGGUGCCGCUGGACCACGACUCCGACCCCGCCCAGGUCCAGGCCUGGCUGAAGGCCAAGGGCUUCGAGCCCCUGACGGUGAGCACCCUGGGGGUGCUGAACGGGUCCCAGCUCUUCUCGCUGUGCAAAGCCGAGUUCCAGGCCGUCAGCCCCGAGGAGGGAGCCAGAGUCUACAGCCAGGUCACCGUACACAAGGCCAUGCUGGAGGACUUUAAGAAAACCUCUGAACUGGAAGCCGUGAUGGAGAAACGGAAGAGGAAAUUGGAGGGCAAGACAGAAGCAUCCCGCUCGUGAGGAAGCCACGGACACGGUGCCCCCCCAGCUGGCAGAGCUCCCCCCACUGGCGAGGGUGCUGCUUGGGGGAGCUGGACCACCGGACCCCCACCCGGCUCACAGACUCCCCCCUCCCCAACUCUCUGAGGGUGUCUCCCCAAACUAGACACGCUAAGGACCUCUGCAUGGGUAUAGAUUUCUUCACGGGCAUCUGGCUACCACCUGCUCCAUUCGGGCUACCACGCCUCUUAAAGGAACAGCCCCCAGCGCAUAUGUGCCGCUCAUUCCAAUUUCCUACCUCCGGGCGUCUUUUUGUUGUUGUUGUUGUUUUUUUACUUCCACUAUUUAUUUAAGAAUGGGGUCAAACUUUAAAAUUUAGCGUCUCCCCUUCUCCCUCCAAAUGGUAUGACCUCCCUUGUCCACAAUCCCCCCUCUGUUCCCCCUUAAGUGGUACAACUCCUAUACUCCAACCCCCCUGAAUUUUGACCCAAGUGGUACAGCCCCCCAGUCUGCACAGUCCCCCACCCCCAUGGUAUAAUCUCCAACAUCCCCUUUACCUCUGAAGUGGUAUGUCCCACCAUUUUCUCCCCCCAAAUGGUACAGCCACCACCACCCCUGUUUCUUCUCAAUUGGUAUGUACCCUACUCUCCACAAUCUUCCCCCCAUUUCCACCUAACUGGUAUGACUCCCCAGCCUUAGAAACCCCCUAUUGCCCCCUAAGUGGUACAACCUCAGUCUCCACAGUGCCCCCUCCAUGUCCUCCCCCAGAAAUGGUAUGACCCCCUCCCCAUUGUUCAGCCCCCACCAAUGGACCCAACCCACCCACCUCCUGUUCUGAUUGGUGCAGACCUGAGGCUAGGGGGCGCAGCAGGGACUCAGAGGACCUCAUUGCAUGCAGUACCCCCUGCGGCCACCAGAGGGGGACGCUCUGUGCUAGUCAGAGCUGCAGCGCCACCAGUCCUAAGGUUGCUUAACAGUUUCCAUUCCCAGCCCCCUUUUUGGGGGGCUGCUUAUAACUCAGCCAAACCAAAACGGCCGGGGCUGAAAGUUCCCAGCUCUGUAGCAGGCUGGGUUGGGGGUGGGGGGGCCUAUUCGGGGCGAAUGGAUUCAGCCAUUUUCGAGAGGGAGGCUGACAGGAGGGAGACCCACACGUUCAGGUUCAGCCCGCGGGGGCGCCGUGAUGCGGUUGGAUGGCUCAAUUCCACACCACUACGUGCCCUUCGGCGCAGCUCGGCUACUGGCUACUGGUGGUUGACUCUCCCCACCCCCCAAAAACAGGAGGGGGAAAAGCAAUAAAUAGUGGGAAAUGUUGACCCUUCAGGGCCUUUUCACAAGUGCAAUAUUUAUACGGGUGAUGAAUCUGGGGAGCGUGAAUAAAACAUGCUGCAAAUGUGA